UUCAUUCCGAGUUUUGUUCCUCUCCUACCUUUUCCCACCUUCUCUCCUUCCCUUGCCCGCCAGCCUUCAGCCCGAAACGCGUACCGCCUCUCCCCUCACCCCGGAGACCCCGGGCACAGCGCGCCGGAAGCCGACCGAAUCCCGUCGGCCCCUGCGUUCCGCUCCCCGUCUCCAUGGAAACGAAGGCAGCCAAUCAGCGGGGUGGCUUCCUGCCCUUUAUGCCGGCUCUGACUGCGCUCGGGUGGGCUCGGGCCGGCUUUCCCGCUGCCGACCGCGAUGCUGAAAGCCAAGAUCCUGUUCGUGGGGCCCUGCGAGAGUGGAAAAACAGUUCUGGCCAACUUUCUGACAGAAUCUUCUGAUAUCACUGAAUACUAUCCAACCCAAGGAGUGAGGAUCCUGGAAUUUGAGAACCCUCAUGUUACCAGCAACAACAAAGGCACGGGGUGUGAAUUUGAGCUUUGGGAUUGUGGUGGUGAUCCAAAGUUCGAGUCUUGCUGGCCAGCCCUGAUGAAGGACUCUCAUGGAGUAGUGAUCAUAUUCAAUGCUGACACCCCAAGCCACCUGAAGGAAAUUGAAAUGUGGUAUUCCUGCUUUGUCCAGCAGCAGCUUUUACAGGAUACUCAAUGUCUCUUAAUUGCACACCACAAACCAGGCUCUGGAAGCGAUAGAGGAAGCCUGUCUUUGCCAUCACCCUUGAACAAGCUGAAGCUCGUGCACUCGAAUCUCGAGGAUGACCCUGAGGAGAUCCGGUUGGAAUUCAUAAAGUAUCUAAAAAACAUAGUCAACUCAGUGUCUGAAAGCAGGGACCGGGAGGAGAUGUCCAUUAUUACCUAAGCCGCCUGUGGCUGGGACUGUCCCACAUCCCAAGUAAAGUCAGCUCUUUCCCAGCUGCUUAGGUUUACUUUCCCCUGUGACUACAGAAGAAAGUUUUCUCCUCGUCAUAGAAGGUCCUAGUCAGCCACUGAAGCAUUUGACUCAUGCCACCUUUCGUUUAGUUGAGAAAAUCACAUUGUUGAAUUCUGAUUCCCUCGCCCCAGACCUUUUCAAAGAGCUGGAAAAUAGAGGGUUUUUUUUUUUUUUUCCCUUCUCAUAUGCCAAGUUAAAAAAAUUGUGGAAUUGUAACUAUCAUAGUCCAAUAAUGAUACAACAGUAGCUUACCCAUGUGUAUUAGUUUGAAUGUGAUUUUUCAUUCUUUGAUUCAUUCAACAAAUACCAACUUGUCAAGCACCUCCUAUGUGCCAGGCACUGUUCUAGUGCUGAGUGUAUAUAGCAUGAACGAAAUAGACACACAUCCUUGCCCUCAUGAAGCUUCCAUUCUGUUUCUAAAUAAUAGUGACGUAGAGUCAAAAUCUUAAACUACAUUUUGGAUAGGCAAAAAAAAAUUGUAAAUUAUUUUCUAUCCCCACCCCCAGUGCCAUCGAGUUAGUCUAAAUCUCACUCACUCCCAUCCCCCUAGAUAAUGAGGGAAGCAUUGGUACUUACCCAUGCCAAAUGAAGGUGUGUGUAUCUCCUGAAUUUAAAAUCUUUUCAGCUUAGCUCAGUCUCUUUUACAUAAACACUUAGUCAGUUCUAGGUUACAGUCCUCCUCCUUUACCUUCUUCCCAAGAUGGUGUCAGGAAAGUGUAUGUGGCCUCAUUGGGGUGCAGCAGCUCUUACAAGGCUAGGUCCUCUGGUUCUUCCCUGCCCUCUGCAGAGAUGUCACCGGCCACCGUACUGGCCAUGUCCUGCUGAAGUCCAGGACUGGUGGGGCUUAUGGCAUGGCCUUCCCAUGUGUUCAGGGGCCAGUGCAGGGUGGCCCUGCACAUCUUCUGAGACUCAGCUGUGCCCUCCAUCCAAUCCCAGGUUGAAGCUGUGCCUAUAUGGCAGUGUCACUUUGCCGCUUGCAACAGCUGGCCCGUGGCAAGUCAGGUAAUUCUCAACUCUCAGCUUCCUGAGAGAAGACUAUGCCUUCCAGGGAAAUUGAGAAUGUAUCAGGUGAAUAUCUUCAAAAUAUUAUCCUUGUUACAGCAGUAAGAAAUGCAAUGAUAUUUUUCAUGACAAACCUACAUAGAGGAAGCUUUACCUGCUGACCUCAGGUAUUUUUGAAGAAUGUCAGCAUUUAACUUCUCUGAAUUUUUUUUAUUUUGAUGUCCUUGAUGUCUGGACACCAUAUCAUAUUGAAAGGUGGAGUUCAUAUACAAUAUCUAAGAAGUGUUGUACGAUCUCAGGGGAAUUUCAUUCUUCUUCAACAUUUCAUGUCAUACAUAUAAAAUCAAUGUUAUGUUGCCAUAAUGCCUAAUUUUUUUAAAUCUUAGAAAGAUUGAGUGUUCGGAAUAAUCAUAUAUGGUGAGUUUAUACCUUGUUGCACAAAGCAAUUUUGUUUUAAUAAUUUUAGGAAUUAUUUUUAAUUCACAGUUUUUAUAUUUGUGAUUUUUUUUUUAAUAUAGCCAAUCUGAAAUACCUUGAAAAUACAUUAAAUAGACCAAAAGUUAGAUGUAGAUCAUUUCAGCUGGAGUGGGCAAAAAGUAGAGAGAUGAAUACAUCUGCAAGGGUGUGUCUCACUCUCACAACUAGAAGGGCUGAAACGUAGCUACGUGGGCAAUCCACGUGAGGGAGUGGUUUUUCCACGUAGUGAUAAUUCCCCGGUAAAUUUAGAUUGAACUACAGUCAACUCCUGGUAAACUGCCUGAAUUACCAGUGGCCACGUUUGAACUCCAGGUUAAUUUCCUUCUGCUGCCCAACCUACUCCUAGUUGGUUCUUAGGCAGGGAACAUAAAAUAAUGUUAGCGCUAGCUGAAGCAAAUCUUACUUACAUAAUUGGUACAGUAAUAAUAACUGAUCUUGCAAAAUGCAGCUCCAAAACAAAACGAAAUUCUUUUUAUCUCAUUUUUCCUGAUUAUUUCAGAGCUCAAGGGAAACAUCAGCCUGGCAACCUUCAUUUAGGUUAAUGGCCAGAGUACAACCCUUGUGUUUGAAUUGAGAAGAUUUUUUAAAUUUUAAUGGGCCAUAAAUGUACAGGUUAGAAAAGGGCACUCAGUGAAGAAGUCUCUCUGUCUUUCCUGUCCCUCAGCCACCCUUUCCUCUCCAGAAGACCCACCCUUACCUUCUAAGGGCUGUCAGUGGCAGUCUGUGCACCGUGUCUUUUAUUCUGGAAUCAGUAGCAAACUAUACUUUUCUGCCACUUGCUGUUUUAACUUAGCGUUUAUCUUGGAGACCUUCGUCAAUACAUAAAGAGCUGCUUUGUUGUUGUUUUUACAGCUGCAUAACUUUCCACAUAAUCAUUUUGUCAGAAUUUUGUAUUUUUAUUGGAUAUUUUUAGUAACCACUUAUGUUGAAGUAUUGUAUUUUUUAUUGAUGGGCAUUUUUACCGGUAUUGAAAAACAUGGUUUGAGAUGUAAAUGUAUUUGUGGUAUUUUAGAGAGGCGAUUUCAACGAUCAGUUUUGUUUUUUUUUUUGAGGAAAGGAUUGCUGGUGAUAGCAUCCUAGUUCUGGUUUAUAAUUUCCUAGGAAGUUUCCUUUAUAUGCUGAACAAAGUGAUGUUUUCCAUCCAUGUGCUAGCUAGCAUAUGGUUGAGAUAAGAUGACUUCUUUGUAUCACACGUGACAAUAGUACAUGGAAGCCACAGAAGCAUAAAACAGCUUAAUCAGUAGUUCAGCACGUCUCAGGCGUGUGUGUAUGUGUGGGUAUGUGUUUGUGUUAUGGAUGGAAUUGUGUCUUCCAAAAACGUGUGUUGUAAAUCCUAACUUCUAUGCCUGUGGUUAUAAUCCCAUUUGGGAAAGUGUAGGGCAUAUCUUGAGUCAAUCUCUUUUGAGAUAUAAAACAGAUUCAACAAGCAAGCUAGGAAGCAGAGAUGGGGGAAGAGAGAUACCAAGCCACAUGAAGAUUGCCCAGGAGCAGAAGCUCUGAAGAGAUAAGGACAUUACCCCAGAGGUGACAGAGAGAGAAAGCCUUCUCCUUGAGCUAACACCCUGAAUUCAGCCUUCCAGCCUCCUAAACUGUGAGAAAAUAAAUUUUUGUUUGUUAAAGUCAUCUAUUUGUGGUAUUUCUGUUAUAGCAGCACUAGAUGACUAAGAUAGUAUGUGAACAUGUAUGGGGUAUAAGCAUGUGAGUGAGUGUGUGUACGAAUGGAAUGGUGGAAGACCAGGAGCCAGUACAUGAAGGGCUUCUCAUACCAGGCCAAGGAAUUUUCAUUUCAUCUUAUAAGUAUUAUGAUGCCACUGAAGGACUGUAACUGCAGAUUAAUGUGGUCAGACUUCCAUUUUAGGAAAAAAAACACCCCUCUGACAACAGCAUGUGCACCGUGUGGCUGGAUUGGAAGGAGUGCAAGAUUGGCCACGGGGGUGGGGGGACAGGCUAGCAGAGAGGCUGCCGUGGUAGUCCUGAUGAGGCGGUGGAUAGGUAGCAAACCCAAACCAAACUUGCUGCCGUCAAAUUAAUUCCGACUCAUAGCAACCCUAUAGGACAGAGUAGAACUACCCCACCGGGUUUCCAAGGAGCAGCUGGUGGGUUCUGUCACCCUUUUGGCUAGCAGCUGAGCUCUUAACCACUGCGUCACCAGGCUAGGGCAAUGGGAUUUAUAGGUGGAGGGGAAAACAGAGAGUCAGAUUCUCCUCUGAGUCUGAUUUGGUGGUGAUGCUACAUGAGUUUUCUGGGGCUGCUGUAACAGUAACUACAAACUUAGUUUAAAACAAGAGAAAUGUAUUCUUUCAGUUCCGAAGGCUAGAGAUCCAAAAUCAGUACCAGUGUGCUGAAAACAAGGUGUUGAUAGAGCCGUGCUCCCUCUGGAGGUUCUAGGGGAGAAUCCAUUCCUUGCCUCUUCCAGCUUCUGGUGGCUGCUGGCAUUCCUUGGCUUGUGGCCACAUCACUGUCAUCUUCACAGCCAGCAUCUUCAAGUCUCUGCUCACAUAACCUUCUCCUCUGUGUGUAUCGAAUCUCCCUCUGCCUCUCUCUUAUAAGAACACUUGGGAUUGCAUUUAGGGCCUACCCAUAGAAUUCAGGAUAAGCUCUGCAUCUCAAUAUCCUUAAUCACAUCUUCAAAAACCUUGUUCCAAAUAAAGUAACAUUUAUGGGUUCCAGGGAUCGGGACAUGAUAUAUGGGUAGAAAAGACCUAGAGAUCUGCUCCUCUAAAGAUCACAGCCUAGAAACCCUAUGGGGCAGUUCUUAUUUGUCCUAUAGGGUUGCUAUGAGUCGGAACCAGCUCUGGCACACAACAACAUCAUCCAGGGGCCAUUAUUUGGCCUACCGCAGUUGCCAUUCACUGGAAUUUGAAUGGAGCAGGUUUGGGGAAGGAAGAUAAGUGACUAGUCUAAGAUGGCCAAGGGAGUUAGGGGCAGGAGGAGGGCUAGACCCCAAGCCUCCAUUCUUUUCACUGUCUUGUGGUAACUGGGCAGAGGGGACCACAAGUGAACAUGGCUAAGAGUGUCAUUCUCUGAGGCUGACACUUGUAAAGCACAAACAACCACAGCAACAACAGGACAGAUAAGGGAUAUGGUUACCAUUUGUGAAACUGAGCAACCCAGGAGGAUGGUUUGCAAGUAUGUUGCAUCCUAUUUCUUGAACUCAAAUGACCAAGUAGUAUUAUGAAGUUAUAUUUAACCACAUUGUUGAGAAGGUGACAAGUAAGGCCAGGAUGUUUAUGCAAUUCUUGAGAGUGAUCAGCUAGGGAAAGCAGGAGCCAAGAUCUAGAAGAGCCAUAUUUCAGAGUAACUUUCUUAAGUGGUACAAACCCAGUUACCUUUUCAAUAGGUAUCAGGAAUACUGCUGUUCAAAAAAAAUAAUAUUUCAUUGUGUUUUAGGUGAAGGUUUACACAGUUUUGGCUCCCAUUCAACAAUUUCUACACAAGUUGUUUAGUGACAUUGGUUACAUUCUUCACAAUGCAUGAUCAUUCUCAUUUCCAUUCUGGUGGUUCCAUUAAUCUAGUUUCCUUGCCCCCUUACAUUCUCAUCUUUGUUUUAAGGAAUUGUUGACUGUUUGGUCUCAUUUGGUGAUUUUUUAAAAAAGGCACAGUACUUAUGGAUGAUAUUAUUUUUUAACCUAUUUGUUAUUUCGCUCCAAAGAGACCUCAGGGGUUAGUUUCUGUUCAGGGUUUGAAGAGUAUCUCAGGGGAGUAGUCUUGGGAAGUCCUCUGGUCUCAACCAGUCUAGUCUCAACCAGUCGAGUAAAUCUGGUUUUUGAUAUUGUUUCUUUGCUUUGUUUUGUCUUUGGAAUUUGAGGUCUGUUCCACAUUUUUCUCCCAUUCUAUCAGGGUCCAUCUAUUGUGGCCCUGAUUAGAGUGGUCAGUAGUGAUAGCCAGGUACCAGCUAGUUCUUCUGGUCUCAGGGCAGAUGAGGCCAUGGUUCAUGUAAACUAUUUGUCUGGUAGACUAGUUUCUUCUUUAAGUCUUUGGUUUUUUCCUUUCUCUUUUGCUCUGGAUUAGUAGAGACGAAUAAUUG